GAACGUUUGUAAGCGAAAAUUUUAUGAAUUCACAUAAAAUAUGCAUACGACUUCUAAUCCAGCCCGCGAAUCAGUUCAGCUUGGUACCAUAUUAGUGGAUGUGACAUCCCAGUCCAGGGGAAAAUAUGAGCUAAAUGUGUUAAGGGAGCAAUGUAGAAAACUUGAUGUGGAAGAUGUUUAUGAGACCUAUGUGAAUCGAGCGCGUAAAAAUUUAUUAAUUUCCUUUUUGGCAAUCCUUGCAUUCAUCACAAUCUGCUACUGCUUGCUGUUAAUCUGCUUUAUAAAGUUUACAGAAGACAUAGCGGUAUAUCUUGGACUUACCGCACUGACAGUGGUGGUUUUAGUCAUCAACUUAUGGAAGAAAGUAUUUACACAAUUUGUAUGGAUUAUGAAUUCAACAACUGUGCUGGCAGUUGUGCUUUUAGUGGCGAUGGAUAUGACAGUUCCUAUUCUUCACCUAAUCAAUCAUUAUGAAAUCAGUGUACCGUUAUACUACAGUUUCAUCAUCUAUUCGAUAUACAUUUUUAUACCGACCUCCAAUUUCAUUGGCAGCUUUCUAUUGGGCUUGCUGGUGUCGACAUCUUACAUUGCUUUGUUUAUUUUGAUAACUUAUAAUUUGCGAGCUGAUGGUAGUGCGUUCAUUGAUAGCCAGAAAAUUGUGUAUGAAAGCCUAUUUAUGGUGGGUAUCAAUAUCCUGGGCUUAUUUUUUCGCCUCUCACGUGAGUUAGUCAUUCGUACAACUUUAAUCGACAAACGGAAUUGCAUUGAGGAGAAUUUGCUACUGCAGGCCGCAAAAACCCAAGAGAGCGUACUUCUCUUGACAAUGAUUCCAUCACAAAUAGCUGAUAAAAUGAAGGAAGAUAUAAAGCUACGGGUCAAAUAUAGUAUAAGCAGGAAAUCGUCAGUAGUAAAGGAAACAAGUAGACUAUAUCGAAAACUUUUCAUUGAACCACAUGAUGACGUCACAAUUCUUUAUGCGGAUAUGGUCAACUACACUUAUCUAACAACUACUUUGGAUGUGAGAACUCUUGUGGAAACUCUGCACGAUCUCUUUGUUAAAUUCGAUGAUGCAGCGCUAGAGUUUAAUGUGCUGCGUAUACAGUUCUUAGGUGAUUGCUAUUACUGUGUGGGAAACGUUUCAAUACCCAAUGAGGAGCAUGCCAUAGCCUGUGUGAAACUCGGUUUGCGAAUGAUCAGCGAUAUUCGGCAAGAAAGAAGGAGUAAAAACUUGGAAAUCGAUAUGCGCAUCGGCGUGCAUACGGGCAGCGUUUUGUCUGGCGUUAUUGGCGCCGCCAAAUGGCAAUUUGAUAUCUACUCCAAAGACGUUGAUAUCGCGAAUCGCCUGGAAAGCACUGGCCAACCCGGUCGGGUACACGUAAGUCGCGAAACACUACGAAACUUGCACGACAGUUUUGAAUAUGAAGCGGGCACCGAGAAAGCGCGCCACGAUCCCUUACUGCAAAAGUAUAGAAUCCAAACAUAUCUAAUACAGUUUAAUAAACAACCGUCACCACUUGUAAGCGAACAAUCAUUCAAUGAAUUGAUUGUACAGACACAAAGUAUGACAUCUAUUAUGAAAAGCGUACAUUCGUUUGAUUAUGUGCGAAGUAAGAUAAAUUUCGAAAUGCACAAAGAGAGUAAUGACAUUCCUGUGGAAACUGUACAAUUUCAACGAAUUUUCUUUGGCAAAUCGAAGCAAUUGACACGAUUCGAGAAUGCGGAGACGAAAUUUCGUCAAAAUUUUUCCUGGUUAUUUAUGUGCUUCAAAAACUGGCGUUGGGAGCACAACUACAUGAUACAGCCGGACAUUCAACUAAAAUACAGCGUUCUCGUUUCCUAUGUUAUUAUUUUAUUCACAUUUACUAUGCAGGCCAUGAAUGAAACUGCAACUAUAUAUUUUUGGGUUUUAGCAGGCUUCGGAAAUACUGCAAUGCUGCUCCUUCUGGCACUGGUCUGGUACAAGAAACUGUGGGAGAUGACCCAUAAGUCGAAGAUUCACAAAAAACCACGCAGUAAAAUCAGUCGAUGGUUCUUUCGACUCUCAAGAUCUUGUGAAAGGAGCUACAUUUUUCGUAUUUGCAUUUAUUUCGUCAUACUGACGCUACAAUUAAGUUAUACUCUAAUACAAAUGCUAGAUUGCGAUCGCUUCAAAAUCGAAAAUGAGCAGAUCGAAAUACUCCUAUUUCAGGAUGGCAUGAAAGCCGAUCUGUGUUUCAAUACCUGGGCUGUUACCGAAUGCAUAAUUUUGAAUUUAUUCAUCAACUUUCUAUUCUCGCACAUUACCUACAUCAUUAAGUUAGUCGUGGGUGUAGCUGUACUAAGCUUCUACGUCAUUCUUAUGCUUGUAAUGUACGAUUUCAUCUACGAGCGCAGUCUCAGCUCCAAUAGCCAUCUCUACCCCGAAUAUGCGCACGUAUUUGUGUUGUGCGUAUCGCUUUUCGUAUUCAAUAUAAUGAACAGACAGAAAGAACUCAUAGCCAGAGUGGAUUAUUAUUGGAAGCGUGCAUUGAAGAAAAAACAAGACGAUGCUAAAUUUACAAACGACACUAUUUCGAAGCUAAUUAGUAAUAUUUUGCCUUCGCAUAUAGUCGAUAUUUAUAUGGGCAAUCAGCUGCAGAACAAACUCUACUACGAAGAAUAUUCCAACGUUGCUGUCAUGUUUGCCACCAUUCUGAAUUAUGACAUCGAAGUGGUGGGCAUGCGCGUGUUGAACGAAAUCAUUUGUGACUUCGACGAAGUGCUAAGCUUCUUCAAAGGCGUGAAUAAAAUCGAAAAAAUUAAAGUCGCAGGCUGGACGUAUAUGGCUGCUUGCGGUUUGCACACAACCGGCACAGGGCAUAGGAGAUCGACGGCAACAAUUGAUGACAGUUCGUUUUCGCUUUCACAAAAAUGGCGCAAAGAGCAGUGGACAACCGAACUUGACAAUAAAAGUCAAAUAUUUGAUUAUGAUAACGAGUAUGAUAGGCCUUCUACCAGCGACGCGGUGUCAAGCCGCUCGGUAAGGAUGCUCAACGAUGAAGAAGAGCCAGUAACCAAUGAUGAUGUUGUGUAUGUUAUGGCGAGAUUUGCAUUGGAUCUGCUGCGCGCUAUGCGAUUCUUUAACAAGAGUAACAUCUACAGUAAUGAAGAAAAUGCAAUGGCAGGUGAUUUACGUAUUGGCAUUGCGAAUGGCCCUGUUAUGGCUGGCGUCGUCGGCUUAUAUAAACCUCAUUAUGAUAUUUGGGGAAACGCUGUGAAUAUGGCUUCGCGUAUGGAUUCUACAGGGAUACCUAAUCAAAUCCAAGUCACAGAGAAAGUUGCCAAUACAUUGCAAAGGCAUAAAAUUAAUUGUUCUUAUAGGGGAAAAACGUAUGUGAAAGGACGUGGCUCUAUUCCCACAUACGUCAUAGACAUUGAUGAAGACUUGAAUUUUGAAAGGUUCUCAAUAACAGACGAUCAAAUAAUUUAG